AUGCUAAUUUCAAAUCAUUGUCUCUUUCUUUCAUUAAUUCUUUCUUUCUUUCUUUUUCAUUCAUCUUUAUUUAUUUAUUUAUUUAAUCUUCAAUUUCAUGACAUAUUCAUUUCUCGCCUUCAAUUUCUUUCUUUAGUGUCCUACUUUCAUAUACUCUUUCUUUCUUUCUUUCUUUCUUUCUUUCUUUCUUUCUUUCAAGAACUCAUUAAUUCUUUAUUUCUUCGAUUUAUCAAUUCUUUCUUUCUUUCUUUCAAGAACUCAGUAAUUCUUUAUUUCUUACAUUUAUCAAUUCUUUCUUUCUUUCCUUCUUUCUUUCUUUCUUUCAAAAACUCAUUAAUUCUUUAUUUUUUCCAUUUAUCUUGUUUUUUUUUUUUCUUUCCUUUUUCUUUUUUCUUUUUCUUUCUUUCUUUCUUUUCUUUUUUUUUCUUUCUUCAAGAACUCAUUUUUUUUAUUUCUUCCAUUUUCAAUUUUUUCUUUCUUUCCUUUUUCUUUCUUUCUUUUUCUUUUCUUUUUUUCUUUCUUUUUCUUUUCAUUAAUUCUUUUUAUUUCUUCCAUUUAUCAAUUCUUUCUUUCUUUCUUUCUUUUUUCUUUCUUUCUUUCUUUCUUUCUUUCUUUCAAGAACUCAUAAUUUCUUUAUUUCUUCCAUUUAUCAAUUCUUUCUUUCUUUCUUUUUUCUUCUUUCUUUCUUUCUUUAUUUCUUUCUUUCAAGAACUCAUUAAUUCUUUAUUUCUUCCAUUUAUCAAUUCUUUCUUUCUUUUUUCUUUCUUUCUUUCUUUUUCACGAUUUUAG